GAACUUGUGGUCACGCUGCUGUUGGCGAUUUACCUACACUUCACGAAUUGCGUUCGUUAAGUGAGCACGCGGCUUAAUUCAACGCCAAGUGGGAAAUUCUAUUUCUGCAAAAGAAGUUUUUAUUCUGUGACUUUUGUAAGAAGUUUAAUAACUGAAGCAAAAUGGGCAAGGAUUUUGAUGCUAUGGGAUUCGUCAAGGACUUCGCUGCCGGAGGCAUCUCCGCAGCCGUCUCAAAGACUGCCGUCGCUCCCAUCGAGCGUGUGAAACUGCUCCUGCAGGUUCAGCACAUCUCGAAACAAAUCACCCCCGAUCAGCAAUACAAGGGUAUGGUUGAUUGCUUUAUCCGCAUUCCAAAGGAACAAGGUUUUGCUUCAUACUGGCGCGGUAACUUGGCCAACGUUAUUAGAUAUUUCCCAACUCAGGCUCUGAACUUUGCCUUCAAGGACAAGUACAAGCAGGUCUUCUUGGGUGGUGUUGACAAGAACACCCAGUUCUGGCGUUACUUCAUGGGUAACUUGGCCUCCGGCGGUGCUGCUGGUGCCACUUCUCUGUGCUUCGUCUACCCAUUGGACUUUGCUCGUACUCGCUUGGCUGCUGAUACCGGCAAGGGCGGUGCUCGCGAAUUCACCGGUCUGGGCAACUGCUUGACCAAGAUCUUCAAGAGCGACGGCCUCGUUGGCUUGUACCGCGGCUUCGGUGUGUCUGUGCAGGGUAUCAUCAUCUACCGUGCUGCAUACUUUGGCUUCUACGAUACCGCUCGCGGCAUGUUGCCCGACCCCAAGAACACACCCAUCUACAUCAGCUGGGCGAUCGCUCAGGCUGUGACAACCGUUGCCGGUAUUGUGUCGUAUCCAUUCGAUACUGUCCGUCGUCGCAUGAUGAUGCAGUCUGGCCGCAAAUCGACCGAAAUCAUCUACAAGAACACACUGCACUGCUGGGCCACCAUUGCCAAGCAGGAAGGCAGUGGUGCCUUCUUCAAGGGCGCCUUCUCCAACAUUCUCAGAGGCACUGGCGGUGCUUUCGUGCUUGUGUUGUACGAUGAGAUCAAGAAGUUCUUGUAAAUUAAAUUAUUAAAUUAUUCAAAGCAACAACAACAACAAACCACUACCAGCUAAUUAUAUUAUACUACAACAACAACAAAACCAUUACGAAACAACAACAACAACAUCAAUAAUAAUCCCAAUAUAAUUAUGAAAUUAUAUUAUAUAAUAACUGGAAAAUAAUUUAAUUGCACUUGCGGCCACACAACAACAACGGCACACAUGGAAGAUGAAGAAGAAGAGAGGCGCCUCAAGAGGAGCUCUGAGACGAGACGACGACGAGAACAUUAUUAUCAUAGACAACCCAAAAUUGUUAUAUUCUAAUUGUAAUAAAUAGAUAGUAUUUUUGUCAGGCGUUGGAUUGGGGAGGAAUCUCUGCCAACAAAUCGAAUCGCUCCUCCCAAGCACUUUCUUCUCUGCGGCGAAGCAGCCACGAAAAAUGAUGAGAGAGAAAGCGACAACAACAUCGUCAUUUCUCUUUCUCACUCUAAAACUGCAAACAAAUGCAACCAACAAACAACCAAAUCAACUGCGGUUGAUUACAAAAUAUAAAAAUUGAUAAAAAUAGUA